UCUUCACAAACGUCUUAUUUUGCUACAAAAUGUGUUAAAAUAGUGUGAAAUUUGUUAUAAAAACGCUUUAAAAGUUUAUGUGUAAGCAAAAUGAAUGAGUGUGUUAAAUUUCUAAGUCCUAUAUUGCCAUGCAGAGAAAAUUUGAUUAAAACUUUGUACAACUAUAUAGGUUACAAAGACGAAGUAUUUCCACAAUGUCUUUUCAUACUAGGACACAAAGGCACAGGGAAAUCCAAAAAUAAUCACAGCCUACUCAAAUAUCUAAAACACAAUUUGUGAUUGUAAACUGCAUCGAAUGCUAUUCCUUAAAAAUAAUGCUGGAGAGCAUCCGAACACACUAUCUGGUCACAAUUUGACACCAGAAAAACAACUACACCUCCUUUGCAAAAUGUGACUGCAUAUCCGACUUUAUUCCACAAAUGCAAAAAAUAUCAGAACUGACGCGUGUUAAAGAUUUUGUUAUUGUAUUUGAAAAUGCUGAGAGGC